AUGAGUUUUGUAGCAUCUGAUGUCUACCGUGCCCGCUCAACAACACCAACAUUCUCAAACGAACGCGGUCCAGGAGCUUUUGUAUCAUUAGGCUCCCUUCCAAGACGAAAGUCUCAAUCUCCCACUUAUCACCAAGGCCGCAAGUUGGCCGCAUUCCAUAUUCAUGGUGCUGACGACCCCGAUGACCGCUCGUCUGAUUCCCUCGACGAGCAGGCCACUAUUCCUACCAAACCCCCAGUGAAAAUUUCACAGGGCGUUUUGCAAUUGCCUCCGGCUGUUCCCUUUCCCCUUUGUUCCCCCUCUCCCCCACCUUCACCCCCCAUUACAUCUCCUCGACCACAACCGUCUCGUACAUCAUCAAUAAUUCUUCCCAAUGGAAAACUACUCAAGUCAUCACUUAAAUCGUCAACCUCCACCCUCUCCAUCUCCACUCCUCCACUUGAACCCCAGCACACUAGUAAUCAUCUCCACUUGCGUUCCCGAUCCGAACCAUCAACCCCUACUGCGCAUGCUCCAAAAAAUGUGCACUUCCCCGACACUGAUAUUGGCCUGGCCUCUGUUCGCGUUUUCAGCCGCUCGGCCCGUCCAGCGGCAGUCAGCACCCCCGACGAUGAGACAGAGACGGAAGGCGAGGAUCAUCCCUCAACCGGGUUCCCCUUCCCAAAACUCCCCUCUGCGAUACCGAAUUUUGAGAUGGACACCGCUAUCUCAUCAGUGGUGCCCGUCACUAAUCACCCGCAUCAUGCGAAUAUCAUAAUCGAGUCUCUCACUUUUUCGCAAGCUUCGUCAAAAGGUGCCAACCCUCAUUUAAGCGGUACCCUUCUAGUGCGCAAUCUGGCAUACGAGAAGCACGUCGCUGUGAGGUUUACCCUUGACGAAUGGCAAACUGUCAGUGAAGUGAGAGCGCAAUAUGUUGUUUCCGUUCCAUCACUUCCGCCCGUAUUUUCACUGUCUUCCUCGUCGAAAACAACAACUGUUGGCGACCUCAUUGCUCUAGGGGCAGACAAGCGCGGGUGGGAUCGUUUUUCUUUCCUUAUUCGCUUGGAAGACUAUGCACACAGCUUGGGGUCGCGAGUGUUGUGGCUUGCCGCACGUUAUAGGGUGCAUUCGACAUAUCUUUUGUCAACGGAAGCUUCAGGUCCUGGUGGUGAAUGGUGGGAUAACAACAAUGGCGGAAACUACCGUGUUGCUUUCCGCGCGGCGCGACCGACAUCUAGCAGGCCUCGGAGAGAGACAACACCUGAAGCUAUCAUACCUUCGAGGGUGACACUACCUGCGCCCCGCGAACAUGCUCACGGCCCAUUUACUUCGCCGUUGAGUUCAAAUUCGCCCCCGACAUUCGGACACAAUAUGACAUUCUUGUCUUCCUCGCCAACGAAAGACGGGAAGGAGGGAGUUUCAUCACUGCCGAGGUCAGGGAAGCUCCGUCUUACUAACUAUGCUGCACCUCCCGUGGUCUCUGCAGUUUCUCCCACUUUCUCUGCGUCUUCAUUGCCUACGCAGCACUCUAAUUCUCCACCCUCAUCUCCCUCGCUAGUUCAACGCCCAACGCUCCAGGUCCCUGUCACGCAAUCGCGUGACUGCGACUCCCCUUCACCUGCUUCUUCGACGCUCUCAACGCCGUCCGCUUCACCCAACAUAGCCCCGCGGGUGAUGAUUGGUGGGCAUCCAGCGAACUACGCAUGCCCUGAGCCGACGCACAUUGAUGACUGGGAGUGGAUGGCGCCGCCGACACAGGCUGUGAUGUCGAAGCGGCCAACUGCGCAGAGGAGUGUCACAGAUGGGCCAGCUGAUCUUGCUGGAUCUGGUGUGCCUGGAUUGCCUCCUCGAGCGCAUUCGUCUGCAGUACUUGGAUCGCCUAGUAGCGAUGGCCUGUCUGGCGAUUCGCUGUAUAAUGCGUUUGUGACGCGGUGGUGCUUUGCCCAAGGGUCACCCACUGCGAGUCCAUAUCACGGACCACUCACAAGCAGCGACGGGGGUAUUUUGGCGUGA